UACAAGAGCACAUGGUAAGUGUUAUUACCGCAAGCACUUCAGGGGCUUGAAACAUUCAUGUCAUAAUGGAGUUUCUGUUGAUUAUUCUUACUGACAUGCCUACCGACUUUAUUCAUCAUGACAAAUUAUUUGAUCUUUUGGCACGUGUUGGAGCACUCAUCAGGGAGGUAUCAACUCUUGUUCGCGACGUAGAAGAGCAAUCAAGGAAUAAAGAGAGUACGAAUGGAACAAAUCGUGCAGCUCUAGACUUGCUGAAAAAUAUUGAACUCCUCAAGGAAGAUCUCAAAUAUGUUUAUCUGAAAGCCCCGGACUCAUAUCAAUGUUGCUUCCCCAUGAAUGAUGGACCGCUCUUCAUGCAUCUUCUACUCAUCCACUUGAAUGAUCUGUUAGAUUCCAAUUCCUAUUCAAUUGCUUUGAUAAAGGAAGAAAUUGGAGUGUUGAAAGAAGACAUAGAAUUCAUAAGUUCGUCCUUUGUGAACAUUGAGCAACGAUUGUAUAAAGAUCUCUGGGCACGUGUUUUAGAUGUGGCAUAUAUGGCUAAAGAUGUCAUCGAUUCAAUUAUCGUAAGAGAUAAUGGUCUCGUACAUCUUAUUUUCUCACUUCCCAUCACAAUGAAAAAGAUCAGGCUUAUCAAAGAAGAUGUCUCCCGAUUACUGGAGAAGAUUCCCAAGAACAAGAGCCUCAUUGUUGUAAACUCUCGCAAGAAUCCCGUUGAAAGAAAGUCAUUAACAACUCGUAAAAUAAUUGUAGGCUUUAAGGAGGAGACAAACUGGUUAAUUAGUAAGCUCACCAGUGGACCGAAAGAUCUAGACGUCAUUUCAAUCACUGGUAUGCCGGGUUCGGGUAAAACUACUUUGGCAUACAAAGUAUACAAUGAUAUAUCAGUUUGUAGUCGUUUUGACCUUCGUGCAUGGUGCACAGUCGACCAAGAAUAUGACGAGAAGAAGUUGCUGGUGAAAAUUUUUAAUCAAGUUACUGGCUCGGAUUUGAACUUCAGUGAGGAUAUUGAUGUCGCUGAUAUGUUACGGAGACAACUGUUUGGAAAGAGGUACCUGAUUGUGUUAGAUGACGUGUGGGAUACUACUACAUGGGAUGAUUUAACAAGACCUUUCCCUGAUGUUGAGAAAGGAAGUAGAAUUAUUUUGACGACUCGACAAAAGGAAGUGGCUUUUCAUGGAAAGGGCAACACUAAUCCUCUUAAUCUUCGAUUGCUAGGUCCAGAAGAAUGUUGGGAGUUAAUAGAGAAAAGGGCAUUUGGAAAAGAGAGUUGCCCUGAUGAACCAUUGGAUGUUGGAAAAGAAAUAGCCGAAAAUUGUAAGGGACUUCCGUUGGUGGCUGAUCUGAUUGCUGGAGUCAUUGCAGGGAGGGAAAAGGAAAAGUCUGUGUGGCUUGAAGUUCGAAAUAAUUUGAAUUCCUUUAUUUUGAACAUUGAAGUGGAUGUGAUGAAGGUUAUAGAAUUAAGUUAUGACCAUUUACCACAUCACCUGAAGCCAUGUUUUCUCUACCUUGCAAGUUAUCCGAAGGACACAGCAGUGGAUAGAGAAAUUUUGAAAACGUAUUGGUGUGCGGAAGGGUUUGUUGAACAGACAGGGAUGAAGUGUUUGGAAGAAGAGAUGGAAAUUUAUUUGGAUAAAUUAGUUUCCAGUAGCUUGGUAAUUGCCUUCAGUGAGAUAGGUGAUUAUCGAUUUGCCAACUUCAUGAUCUUGUGCAUGACUUUUGUUUGAUAAAAGCAAGAGAGGAAAAGUUGUUUGGCUUCAUAAAUUCAAGUGAUCCAUCUUCUUCUUUUUCAGAUUUGAUGCCACGCAUAUUAAACAUUGAUUAUGAUAAGGAGCAUUUUGGGCCUAACAAUUUCGUCCUGCUCGAUUCAAAAAUGAAAAGUAAACACCUAUAUUCUUUGUGGAUAACUGGAGACAAGAUGGAAGAUCAUCUUUCUGAUUUAUCUCACCUAAGAGACUUGAGGCUUCUUAGAAUGUUACAACUGGAACCCUAUUUUAUGAUGGUGAAAGAUUCUUUGCUGAAUGAAAUAUGCAUGUUGAAUCAUUUGAGGUUCUUACACAUUGGGACAGAAGUUAAAUCUCUACCUUCAUCUUUGUCAAACCUCUGGAAUCUCGAAACCUUGUCGGUGUCUAACAAAAGAUCAACCUUGGUACUAUUACCGAGAAUUUGGGAUCUCGUAAAGUUGCGAGUUCUAGUAAUGGAUGCUUGUUCUUUCUUUGAUAUGGAUACCGAUGAACCAAUACUAAUAGUAGAGGUCUCAAUUUUAGAGAACUUGAGAUAUUUAGGGAAACUCAUGCUUUCUUAUUCGAAAGGAACAAAGGAUGUUUUAAAAAGGUUUCCCAAUCUUCAAAGUCUUGUAUUUGAUCUCAAGGAAUCAUGUGAUCAUUCAACUGAGCGAUAUUGGUUCCCAAAAUUAGAUUUCCUAACUGAACUAGAAUUCCUCAGAGUAGAUUUUGAAAAUUCAAACACUAAUGAUAGUGGGCCCUCUGGAUUUUCACUUCCCUUCCAAUUUGAAAAUAUUGUCAUUGUGGGACUUUCCUCUGACAUCCGAUUCACUAUCAACAAUAGCGAAACUGCCCAACCUUAAAGAGUUGUUCCUUAGGAGAACAAUCAUCGGGGAGGAAUGGAACAUGGGGGAGGAAGACACCUUUGAGAAUCUCAAAUUUUUGUAUUUGGAUGAAGUGACGCUUGCUAAGUGGGAGUUUGGAGAGGAAUCCUUUCCCGUGCUUGAGAAAUUAGAACUGUGGGGAUGUCAUAAGCUUACAGAGAUUCCGCCUAAUUUUGGGGAUAUUGGUUCAUUGAAAAUCAUCAAACUUGUAAAGAGCCCUCAACUUGAAGAUUCAGCUCUGGAGAUUACACAAUAUGUUGAAGAUAACACAGGAGUAGACAAGCUUCAGAUCCUUGGCCCGAAUGAUAUCCCGUUAUCUAAGACAGAUCCUGAGAACUUGGAAGGAUGAGAAGGAGAAGUUACUUUUGGAUAAAUAAUAAACAACUCAUUGAUCUGAGAACAUUGAAAGGAAUAGAACAUUGAAAACAAAUAACUCAUCGGUAAUAAAGCUAUCGAGAAAUCCCAAUGCAACAAGAAGUGGGAUAUUCGCGUGCAAAGAGUUUGAAUUGUGAUGCAGGGUGGUGGAAUUCACGUGCACCCUGAAUUAGCCACCGAUGAACAUUUGGAGUUGAGGGGCUGCUGUGUCUAAUGAUCAAUAAGUUCAGAUAGGUGCUAGCUGUACAACAUUUGGCCUCAUGUAAAACAUUGGUUGAAUUUUGUUACUGGGGCCUACUUUGCUGGCGUACAGGCUGAUCCUGACCGAGUUCAGAUAAAUGUGCAGUAUGCCACUAAAUGUCCACCAUAGCUACCAUUUGAAUCCCUGAUCUUGGUGCGUGGUUAUGUUGACGAAAUCGGUGUUGAGGAUAUUUCCACCUAUUGUAAGAACAACCUUAGGGCAUUUCCUUAUGCGCAAGAACCGAAUGUAUCCUUGACAGAGCGAGGCCUUGUAGCUAUCUCCGCGGGGUUCUCUAAGAUCCACUCAGUUCUAUACUUCUGCUGCAAAAUGACAAAUGCCACAGCAUCCUCUCCUUGGAGAUCAGAGACUGUUCCUUCGGGGACAAGGCUAGUGGUCAAUGCUGCAAGGCUGGAGACGAAGUGGUAUCUUUGGAUGUCUUCUUGUUCAGUAAGUUAUGGCGCGUGUUUGCUGCUAGCUCAGAGGUUUCCAAGGGUUAGGGUCAUCCAGACACUAGACCAGAAAGUUUCCCAAUCGAGAAACUCUUCAUAUACAGAACAGUGGCAGCAAGGAGGUUCGACAUGACUGAUUCCAUUUGGACUGUAGCAUCAACUUCAUAGAGAACCGGGUACUGAUCCAUGGUUCUCUAUAGGAGAGCUGCAGUUAUUAGUUCUAUAUUGAUCUUUCUCCGCACUUUUUUGCUUGAGCCCCUUGUGUAGGUUUAUCGUGCUGGUUGUAAUCGAUGGAACAUGGAAGUUUAUCAUGCUGGCUGUAAUCGACAGAACAUGGAAGCUAAAGGUCAUUGAAGAAGGCUUUAAGCUCAUACACUAUCAGUUGUAGUUCUUGUCUUGAAAUUCUAAAUAUGUAUUAACACAUUUGAAUCAAUCGCCGGCAUCAAUUGCCACCACCAUUAGCCACUAUUGUCAA